UCAAGCCAUAAUAAAUAAAUCGAACACUAAAUUUGAGAAAUUUGCGCGAAAGCUUUUGAUGAGGCGUGCGAGAAAGAAUGCUGUUAACCGGAUGUGGAAGUAGUUUUUUCUCUUCGUGUAAAAUAGGGAUUUCUCUACUGACUUCCCCCGGAAAACCAACAACUUAAUAUCAAAGAGUUUCCUGUCCUGUAUUUAAAUGUCUUUGUUGAUGUUUAUUUAAUAAUGGGUGUGAAUGAUUUAACGUAUAAUGGGACACAUGGCCGCCUCCUGUUCGUUUUCACCACCGAGGCUCAUAAGAUGGCUACUCAUCGUCUCCAUCAUCAACAGGCUUUCGUCCUGGAGAGCCUGAUGUUAGUGUGCUCAUUAUGUAGCAAUCAUGUCGCUGGUGGAUUUGGGGAAGCGGCUACUUGAGGCCGCACGGAAAGGCCAGGACGAUGAAGUCAGGACACUCAUGGCCAACGGGGCUCCAUUCACCACAGACUGGCUGGGCACGUCGCCAUUGCAUCUGGCUGCCCAACAUGGACACUACUCUACUGCUGAGGUUCUGCUCCGAGCAGGCGUCAGCAGGGACGCCCGAACCAAAGUCGACAGGACCCCUCUGCACAUGGCUGCUUCAGAAGGCCACACAGUCAUCGUAGAUCUAUUAGUCAGGAGCGGAGCAGACAUUAACGCCAAAGACAUGCUGAAGAUGACUGCUCUCCAUUGGGCCGCCCAGAACGGCCACCAAAGGGUUGCAGAAACGCUGGUCAAACAUGGAGCCGAUGUUCACGCUCUCAGUAAAUUCGAUAAGACGCCGUUUGACAUCGCGGCAGACAUCCAGAAUGCAGACCUUAUGCUCUUACUGCAGGAGGGGAUGCAAAACCAGGUGAACAUGAAUGCGGAGGCUGGCAUGACGGGGAGCCCAGCCCAACCCCAGUUCAUCAUCCAGGGCAUUCCAGGCCUCCAGGGGGGUGUGGUUAAUCUGGCCGACCUCCUCAACAACGCUACCAAGGCCAACUCGGGUAGGCUCCAGGGGGGUGUGGUCAACCUGGCUGACCUCCUCAACCACAUCAACUCUGGGGACUCUGAGGAAGCAAUAGCCGCAAAUUCUUUGGAUCCUGGCAGCAUCCAGCACAUGGUGAAUGAGCAAGGUCAAAGGGUCAUCACCAUAGUGACUGACCAACACGGCAACCUUCAGACGGGAGGGCUUGGUCAGCCAUUCUUUGUCACCAUGCAACACGGGCAGCAGAUGUUGGCGGUGCCAGCCAAUCAGGUGACGGAGGAGGUGGUUGACGAGGAUCCCCAGCCCCCACCUGCCCGAAAGAGGAAACUAGAGACCAAUCACACGGAGUCUGGAGACACGGAGCAGUUACAGAGGCAGCUGCAGGAGGCCAACCGGAAGGCCCAGGAGUAUCGGCAGCAGCUGCUGCGUAAGGAGCAGGAAGCUGAGCAGUACCGCAUGAAGCUGGAAGCCAUGUCGCACAACCACACCAACGGCACCUCCGAGCAGGAGGAGGUUGUAGGGGGGGAGGAGGAGGAGGAGGAAGAGGAGGAGGAGGAGGAGGAAGAGGUGCAAGAGGAGGUGACGCAGGUGGAUAUGUCGAGCAGCGAGGAGGUGGUGCUUCAGGAAGGCGCCAUCAUCAUCAAAACCGAGGAGCUGGACUCGGCCGAGGAGCAGGUGACCCUGGUGGAGUCGGUGCCGUCCCACACAGAGAUAAUCUCCUAACCUUGGAAGGAUGUUACGGACACACUGACUGAGGCGUUUUCAUACCCUUUUUUUAUUCCUUUGCCCCCAUCCCCCCCACUCCCUGCUAUGUUUUUGUAUCAUAUUUAGUUUGCUCUUAGUGCUGUUUGCCUUGUUUUUCUUUUCUUUGAUCAUGGGUUCUUGACAAGUAGCAAAGCAAAGAGCUGAAUAAGGCAGUUGAUUGGGAAGCAGGAUCUGCUUAGCCUGCAGCUCAGUUAAGGUGCCCACCAGAACAAUGCAUCGUGGGAGCCACUGUCCACUCAUUCUGGGGGUAUUUAUGGAGUUUGGUGCCUGCAUGGUGAAGACAUUCUAACAGUCUGAAAUCCCCAGCGUGCCCAUAGGACAGGUGCGUGGUGAGAACUGUUUCGUUCAACUCCUUCAGGUCUCCGUGUACCCGUUCCCCCGUCCAUCUAGCCAACCCCCCCCCCCCCCCCCCCCCCCCCCCCCCGAAGGAAAUUUCUAUGCCUCAAAAGAACAAUCUUGACUUACAGAGAAUGGAGUUGCCACCCGCUAUUCCCAGCAUGUUAUUGGUCUGAUCAUUGACAGAAUAAUAAUGACUUGUUUCAAAGCUGUAACUGGCAGUGUUUUUGACUUUCUUUACAGCGUCUUAUCUUUGUUCUCUCGGGUGGUCGUUAUGGGGCCUCUUCCGUAGGGUGCCGCGUCGACUGUAGGUCGACUGUUGCAAAAGCUCCAGCGCUCCUCCCCGGCGAUGACGAUGCUGACGUGUCCGCCAUCGCGAAGCCCCUUGGAUGCUUAUCACUUAGGCCCAUCGCACCGUGCUGCAGAGCGAGGAAUAAGGCUGUCAGAUUAGCUGUGUCCUGACUAUGACGGUUCCUAACGUACCUGCCACAGUUAUUGUGCAGUGAGCCAUAGACUGUAAUUCUUAGUUUGUGUCCUCCUAAACUGAAUGACAGAUUCUAGGUGAACAUUCAGCACUCAGGGGCAAAGGGUGUAAAAGGAAAGUCAUCUCUGCCUGCCAUUCACCAAGGGCCCCAUCUAAACUUGAGAUGCGAACGCUAUUUUACAUUGUGCCUGAAAUGAUUGGAUUGAUGUCAAUGGGGAGAUUUUCAUGAGAAUAAGAGUUAGGCUUGUAAAUCUCAAGUUGUGAUAUGUCCCUAAUGUAUUGGAUCAUCUUGUCCAUCUUUUAGAGUUCUUUGUUAGAGUUCAGCUUUUAAAUAGAGAAACAUUUUGUGAGUUUAAUCAUAUACUCCAAUUUUUAUGUUUAAAAUGUUUAUGUACAAUGAUCAUUGGUCUGUUUUUGAGUAAAUAUUGUGUAUAUAAUUUUCCUCAAUGGAAGGUUGUUGGACAGAAUACAAACCCCCUCCUGACCUGUUGGCUUUUCCACCCUGUGCCCCUUUGUCAUUACUGGAAGAAGGGGCUGGCUGUUCUGCUUAUUGGCUCUUCACUCACCUGUUGUAAACUUGUCCCUUUUUGAGAAGUCAAUACACUUUAAGUAUGAUAGUUAUUUUUUAUAUGCUCUCUGCAAGCCUUUUUUUUAAUGUAAAUAUAAAGUGGUAUUUUUUUAAGUGUAUCUGAAUGCACUGGGAUGCAGACUGCCUAUAUAUAUAUAUGAAAUAUAAGCACACGGUCCCUAUAGCUUAACAUUUUUCUGCCAGAUUUUAUAGGUGAACAGACUGUAUAUAACCCCAGGGUUGGGUAGGUUACUAUGUAAAUGUAAUCUGUUACAGUCACUAGUUACCUGUCAAAUUAUAAUCGGUAACAUCAGUUGGAUUACCCAAAUUCAGUUACAUAAUGUAAUUAAUCUCCAAUAAAAAGGCAGACAAUAUUUCCAAAUGAACAAUAUCUAGUCUAAGAUCAACCAAUGUUAAUUUACAUAGCCGAACAUAAGUGGACGUUGCAUUUUACUUCAUCGAUUAGACAUGUUUUCUAAACCCUUUGUAUUAAACAGAAAUGUGAUUACGGUUAUAUCAUAAACCAAAGUAUCUCAGAUCUACAGUGACUACAAUUGAUUGAAUACCCACUGAGCUUCAAGACUUGAAGUCUUUGAGACAUGGUGUUGAUUUGAAAAAAUGUUUUCGCUAGACAUCACCCCAAAACAAAGGACUUUUCAGGAUUCUGUUUGCUUUGUUGUCAUGGCCUGUUUGGGCCCUUUGAUUAAAAAAAAGUUGAAAUGGAAAUGGAAUACCAAUUGGCUGUUUGCAUGUGAAUGACUGUCAGCAUAAGCUUUAUUUAAUACAUGACUACAGUU